CCAUUGUCUCGCGGUGCCCGGCUGGGCUCCCUUUCUGGCGAACGUUCCGUUGCCAUGGUAACGCCAAACAGCCGUUUCAGCGAGGACGAGCGAUCAUAAGACAAUGUCUGCUUUCGUCAAGUCCCUUUCGGAACAAGACCAGGAGUUUCACCAAAUCAAAGACGCAGCUGCGGAGUUUUACCGGGCCAACAGAGUACCCGAGGAGCUUGAGAAAGCCUUGGGAGAACUUUUCUUCCAGAACCCCGAGGACGUCCACGGUUACCUGGCAAACUAUUUCACAAGGCUCUCAUCGCAUCCAUUCAUCAGCAGACUGAAUGGAAAGGAGGUCUAUGACUCAAAAGGGCAACUCUGUGCUGAGGCCCAACUCUUUUGCAUCAUCUGCAAUCAAGAAAAGCGGAUGUCCUCGGCCGCCAUCUCCAGUCACUUUCCGCACAACGGGUCUUUGGCGGAGUGGCGACCCAAAAGCCAGGAGAGAGCGCAUCACGUCGCCGCAGCUGUUCAGUGGAUCGUUGAACCUCUGAACGGACUGCUGAAGGGACACGACCCUUGUGACCAAUCGCAAGUUGACCAGCAACUCAGCGAUUUCUUCGCGGCUCGCCAACAGGAGGAGAAAGAAAACAGGGAAAAGGAGGAGAUUCUUUCUGCUAGUGAACAGGAGGUGGAAAUUCCGUCUUCUCCACCUGAAAAGAAGAAAGAGAAGAAGAAUGAGAAAAAAAAAAAAGGCAAUCUGGAGAAGCCAUUUUGUCCUGCAGAGCCACCAGAACCCGUGUUCCCUGGGUGCUUGGCCAUUGGCUCAGUGUCUCUUGCUGUGGCCAAGAGCGGGGCUCAGGUAAAGGCCAGUCCGCUCUACAAAUACAUCCGCAGUCUGAAGGACCCAGAGGAUGAUCAAGACACAUUUCACGUACCUGUCCCCUUGGUAACUUUAUUAAGCUGUGGCAAGAUGUGUCCUGGAAAGCUCAACUUGCUGGAAGAGGUCAUACUGAUUCCCAACGCAGGACAACAAGUCAAACAAAUCAUCACAAUGGCAACACGGCUACAGAAGGAAAUGAUGAGAAUAUUGAGUGGAUCAUCAAAGCCUGGGGUCACCGCGGCCCUUUUGAGCGACAACGGUGUGCUGCCCGUGAGUUUUGAUCGUCCUGAACAAGCGCUGGAUCUGAUUACGGAAGCGUGCAAUAACCUUCAGCUGGAACUGGGAACGGAGAUCCAUCUGGCAGUGAACUGCGCUGGCCCCGACCUCAUGGACUAUACGAAACAAAAGUAUGAAAUUGCAACAGGAGCGUUUAAGUCCCCAGACGAGCUCGUAAGCAUGUAUCAAAGCCUCCUAAGCAAGUACACUGCAGUGGUGGCUUUAAUCGACCCACUACGGAGGGAGGACGCAGAACAGUGGCAGAAACUGAGCGAUGCCAUUGGACAGUCGUGCGUGCUGCUCUCUGACGCCACUCACAAGGCACAGGCUCCGCCCCUUCCUGGAGUCACAGGUCGUCUCUUAAAACACACCAACCAGAUGACGGUCAGCGACUUGAUCCGCAUCACAUCUGAGCAUCCAGGUUCUGUACUACUGGCGAAAGCAACUAAUGAGUCCUGCCAAGAUGAUUCUCUGUCAGACAUAGCUGUGGGUCUGGGCCUGGACUAUGUCAAACUGGGAGGUCUGACCAGUGGCGAGAGGAUGACUAAAUACAACAGGCUGCUUUCUAUAGAGGAAGAGCUGUCUCAACAGGGGAUCCUGGUCCCAAAAGAGCAACACUCCCUGCCACUGUUCAUUGAAACGGAAGCGGAAGCGGAAGCAGAAGCGGAGGAGGAAGUCUGAAAGAGAGCAUCAGCUGUUUGUACGGCAGCACAUUGAUUGUGCUUCCCUCCCUCAGUCACUUUUGAGAACAGCCACAGCACUAAUGAGAAGCUCUCCCAUCUUUGAUUUGAUACUGUACUUCUUAUUACACAAUGGUUAACUUGGCACUUAAGAAUGACAUGUAGUAGCAGCAGCAAAUUGCAUUUCAACAUGGUUUGCUGGCAGAAGAGCUGCUAUGACUCCAUUUCCUGUUUGUUUUGAAUCCCAACUUGAAUGGAUUGCGUUGGACUGCAGGGCUGGCCGGCGGGCCGGCACUGUCAUUCUUUUCUGAAAAUUGAGCCGCAAUGGUUUGGAUAAUGACGCCGACGCAAAAUGGCGGAUGUCAUUACGUCCGUUGUGUGGCGCAAACAAAUGUUAGUUCCAGCGCGCGACCAAUUGCGGGAGUCAAACUGGGUUCAAAUUGAGCUGUGAGGAGGACAACUAAAACAGCAGUUUGGUAUUUGCUUGAGGGGGGGGGGAUCAAAUCAAUCCAGGCUUGUUUUCUUCCCCUCAUUUUGCUUGUCACCCAACACCAUUGCCAAAUGCUCAUUGGAGCUCCAUAUGCGCUUUGCUUUCUUCAUGGAUGGAUGACUUCCUGUUUGGACUAUUGUCAGCAUUUGGCUUUCUUUCAAGCCUUUUGAGGGUGAAUCUGCUUUGCAAAGGAGGCGACUUAACACAACAAUGGCAUUUCCUCCACACUGUGCACAUGAAGGGGACGGCAAGCUGGAAAUUACACCUCAGCGCUAAACCAAGCCUAAAACCUUAAUAAGCCAAAGUGUCCAAUAAGUGACGGACAGGACGGGACGGGACAGGACAGGACGCGGGGUUCUCGUGUUUCCCACCGGCAAGUGUCUGGGAAAUGUGGCUGGGCUGGGCAGGUGUCGAGAGAAAACAAGACAAAAGCCAGCAGCGUUGUAGAACUAAUAACUCGCACGGCCUUCAAUUCAACCAUGACAAAACAAGCCUAAUUGCUUGGAUCAAAACAAUUUGAAACCCUGGCAACAGCUGUACAGACAAGAACCCAAAAUGAAUACAAAUACGCAUCCUCUCUACGUGUGCAAACAUGAAGAAACUAUGUGUGGAAGAAUAUUCACCAGAGCUCAUAUUGAAGCCAUAAGCAGAAAGAUUUUCAUUUCCAAGUCGGUUUAUGCCCCUGCUAUCAUGCAAAGUCAGACAUUGAUUGCUCAACCGAUAAGAAUUUGCAGAUAGAUGUUAGGUGUACGUGAUUUCAGCCAAACUAAAAUACAACAAUACCCUAG